AGGAAGUAUUUUCAGUUUUUAAACACAUUGGCGUACCUUCUUUCUGAUCUUUCAUGUUCAACAUGGGCUACCUCUUUCUUAUUUCUGUUUUCAUUUUGUCCUUGCUAUGUUUCUCUUCUCUAAGCCAAGCCCAACAGCCUUAUGUAGGACUGGCAACGACGGAUUGUGCCAACGCAGAUACUUCCAAUUCUGUUCUUGGGUACACCUGUAAUGGCCUAAACAGGAGUUGCCAAGCUUACCUCAUUUUCAGGUCUUUAUCUCCUUUUGACUCUGUUGUCUCCAUCUCUACACUCUUCGGUUCGGACCCAUCUCAGGUCUCCCAAAUAAAUUCAGUUUCUGAGACAGCAACAUUUGACACCAAUAAAAUGGUGAUAGUUCCCGUUACCUGCUCUUGUUCAGGCCCAUAUUACCAGGCUAACACAUCUUAUGUUAUUAAGAGCAAUGACAAUUAUUUCUCUAUUGCAAAUAACACUUUCCAAGCCCUCUCAACCUGUCAAGCACUCCAGGAUCAAAACAGUUAUGCUGGUACUAAUUUAAUUGUUGGUGCAAGAGUCGUUGUUCCUGUUAGAUGUGCUUGUCCCACAAAGAACCAAACAGAUGUGGGUAUUCAGUAUCUCUUGAGCUACCUAGUCCAGAGCGGUGAUACUGUUACAAGCAUUAGCACAAAAUUUGGUGGGAAUACAGUGAGAACUCUCGAAGCUAAUAUGAUUUCUGAACAAACAACCAUUCACUACUUCACUACACUUCUAGUUCCUCUGGAAAAGCCACCAUCCUCUGCUCAAACAAUAGAGUCACCACCGCCUCCGCCUCCAUCUUCAACUUCUGAUUCUUCCCAGAAUAAAGGCUCAAACAAAACAUGGAUUUAUGUCGUAGUAGGGGUUGUUGCAGGAACUAUUCUUCUAUUGAUAUUGGGAACCAUUAUUUACUGUCGAUGCUUUCUUAAAAGUAAUAAGAAGGAAACUGAUUCAAGGAUUGUCUCAAAGAGUUUUGAGGCACGUGAGAAACCAAUGAAAAAUGAGCUAAAUGAAGAAUCUCAGGACUUCUUGGACAGUAUGUCUAGCAUAGCUCAAUCUCUCAAAGUGUACCGUUUUAAAGAGCUUGAAUCUGCAACAGAUAAUUUCAGCCCCAUCUGUUGGAUUAAAGGAUCUGUUUAUCGUGGCAUAAUAAAUGGUGAUGUUGCCGCAAUUAAGAAAGUAAAUGGAGACGUGUCAAAGGAGAUAAAUUUGUUGAACAAGAUCAAUCAUUCUAAUGUUAUCCGCCUCUCUGGCGUUUGUUUCAAUGACGGCAGUUGGUAUCUGGUUUAUGAGUUCGUUGACAAUGGACCCUUGAGUGACUGGAUUUAUGACAACAGAAAUGAAGAGAAAGUUUUAAAUUGGGCACAAAGAAUACAAAUCGCAUUGGAUGUAGCCACGGGACUUGACUAUCUGCAUAGCUUCACCAGCCCUCCUCAUGUUCACCAAGAUAUAAACAGCAGCAAUGUUCUACUUGAUAGUGAUUCCAGGGCUAAAAUAGCAAACUUUGCUCUAGCAAGGCCAACAGAGGGAAAGGAAGGUGAGUUCGCCUUGACAAGGCACAUUGUAGGAACUAAAGGCUUCAUGGCUCCUGAGUAUCUGGAAAAUGGUCUAGUUUCCACAAAGCUUGAUGUCUAUGCAUUUGGUGUUCUGAUGCUGGAGAUACUCACUGGGAAAGAGGCUUCUGCAUUUUAUGGAGAAGAGAAUAAGUUUUUAUCAAAUGCCCUGGAUGUUGCACUUAACAAGGAAGAUGGCCUAGAAAGUUUGAGGCACUUCAUCGAUCCUUCAAUGCUAGGGAACUACCCUCAAGAACUAGCCAUUUUUGUGAUCAGGUUGGCCGACAGUUGUUUAAAGAAAAAUCCAGCACAUCGCCCGACCAUGGAUGAAAUAGUGCAGUCUCUCUCAAGAAUUUUGAAAGCUUCACUAGCAUGAGAAUUGUCAAACAACAACGCAGGCUACUACUGUUGUAGCGGGAAGUCUUGAUGGAAGAAACUACUAGUUAUUAUAAGAUCUAGGAAAUUGGGUCCCCUUUUUUGUUUCCAUUCCUCCUGGUUUUAUGAUGAAUUAUGUUAACUAAGAUUGAUUAAAGAUGAUUGUACUGAAUAAAUGUAAAAAAUUGUAGAGAGUGGAGGGGUUUUCCCUUCAUCUUGGCUGAAAGUCAAAUUUGAUGGCUGCCUUUCUCUCUGCUGCAAGCUAAUGACAGCAGUCGAAAUCAGCAAUGAAAAUUUGUUAAGAGUGCUUGGAUGAA